GACCUGUCCGCCAACCCCCCCUCCUCCACGACUCACACUCCUUUGGCCGUCCUGUAUAUCUGUUUUAGCUGCAUUGUCGCUCAUUAUCAGUACAUACAAAUCGGAACCAGCGAGCAAAUCUCAAGGCGCCUGCAUAACCUGGAUUUAAGUUUCCUUCGGCCUUCGAGCUCCCACCCGACCCUCCUUUUGAAACACCAAGCCCGCCAGCACUGUUUGUAGCUGCAUCACCACGCCUAUUCUACCAGGCCCGGCGGCACGAGAUACUCCGACCGACAGGACGACCUCGCGGGGUCGUUGUCUUGUGUAACCGCGCGCCCGCAGUCUUCACCAAAGCUCUCUCCAGGAGCUCCUUCCUCAGAUGUUACUAUAUUGAGCGCGCAUUAUAUAUUCACCAUGGAUCUGGAGACUACCGAUCCUGUCCAUAAGGCGGCGGAGGCAGUAAAGCGCUCGCCGCGAACGCAUGUAGACAGCCAGCCGCUACCCACCGAUUCCAUGGUCACCGUGAGCCUGUCUGAGUCGGACGCAAGCCAGAUGAUAGAGACAGAAGAGGAGGAUACACGCCAAUCACGGCAACCUCAGAUCAAGAUAGACACGCGGAGACUUUCAUCACGACCAUCGUCACAGGACAUCCUGCGUGGUUCUACCUCGCGAGACUCCAGCCAGGACGCCACAAUCACGCCCGACUCCCCGACCUUACGUCGAGACCCGCGGAGACUUAGCCCUCCUACAACACCGAACCGCAGUCGAAGCGACAGCAAUGAGUCGGGUCGCAGUGUACAAGUGGACUGGGAAGAGUUGGAGAAGACAGAGGAGCAGGAGCCGCGGAAGAAGGGAUCUGACGAUUCAAUGGCCUUGCUUCUAGCCCGCCUCGAACAAGAAAACAACGCAAUAGCCACAGACCCGAAAUCCGGCCUCAAAGCACGGUCUCGCAGCCAGUCUCGACCACCUUCGAUACAUCAGCUGAAGAAGCUAGUCGCAGAACAAGAUGGCGCCACGGUCCGAUUCUCCCUGCUACCAUCCCCACCACCGAUGACCGAGCUCGAAUUCUGGGCAGCCCUCGUCCGGGACUAUCCGCAAACCAUACAACGGCUCCCGACACUCACACUGAAUAAGAUAAGAGGCGGUAUUCCAGCUCCUCUGCGGGGAGUGGUCUGGCAGAGUAUGGCAGGAUCGCGAGAUCGCCUAAUAGAGGACCAGUACGAGUCGCUGUGUGGACAGUCAAGUUCGUACGAGAACAUAAUCAACAAGGACAUUGGCAGGAGUUUCCCCGGUGUUGACAUGUUCCGCGAUCCGGAAGGCGAAGGCCAGAAGAUGAUGGGACGGGUGCUGAAAUGCUUCAGCUUGUAUGACAACAAGAUUGGCUACUGCCAGGGACUAGGCUUCCUAGUCGGCCCGUUGCUGAUGCAGAUGGGUGACAAGGAAGCCUUUUGCGUUCUUGUUCGACUCAUGGAGGACUACGACCUGAGGUCCUGCUUUCUCCCUGAUCUUUCUGGGCUACAUCUCCGAAUCUAUCAGUUCCAGCAAUUGCUGAAGCAGCAUAUGCCAGAACUGUCAGCACAUCUCGACGCUCUUCAGGUCGAUGCGGCAUACCUCUCCCAGUGGUUUCUUUCAUUCUUCGCGGUCACAUGCCCAUUGCCAAUGCUUUUCCGGAUAUACGAUGUCAUCUUUGCCGAGGGCGCGUCUGAGACGAUCAUGCGCGUUGCCCUGUCUAUCAUGAAGAGAAACGAGGAGAAGAUAUUAGCAUCCAGUGAGUUCGAGGAUGUCAUGCAACUUCUGCUAUCGCGAGCGCUCUGGGACCCCUAUGGACGCAACGCGAGGUCGGCCGAUGAGCUCGUCAACGACUUUGUGAGCUUCACCGGCGUAGUGACGCGGGACAGCCUGCAGGUUCUCGAGGCGGGCUUCAAGGCGCAGAAGGAUGAAGGAGGGGUGAAGCCUGGCGUCCAAAAGACUGCGACGUCGUUCCUUGGUAGACUCUGGGCGCCAAGCAGCUCGUCCACCAAAUCUGUUUCUCUCAGCCCGAACCUUUCCGCUCCCUCACGACCUGUUAGCUUUCUUCGCCGGACACCAUCCAAACAAAGCAUUGCAUCCACUCUCAACUCCGUUGAGGGAGGUUCAGACGCCAGUCACGCCAGCACCGCUCCCACAGAGACAUCGAGUACCUCUCGAGUCUCAUCGGCAGACGCGCUUUCCAUCAAAUCAACUGCAGAGUCUGUCGCGCCAUCAGUCAGAAUGACCGUCUCCAACAAAGACAAGGAUCUGCACGGCCAGAUCGAGGAGCUGCUGCUGCAUAUCAGCCAGAUGCAAAAAGAUCACACUUCACUAACCGAGGAGCUCCAAAGGGAGCGCGAAGAACGACGCGAAGAUCAGCGCGCUGUCCGCACUGUUGUUGAUCGUAUCAAAACUAUGCACCCGUCCACCUCCCACCAUCACCCUAGCCACAAACGCGGCGCUUCCCUAUCCCAACUCUUGACUGUCGGAUUGGGCGGCUCAUCACAGUCCCCCACAGUACCCGCCGACGUCGUCACUCUUGUCGAGGGCCUCGAUACCCGCUUCCCAGCCAACAAAUCUCACCGCCGCCAAUCCUCCGCCUUCGAGACAAAGGAAUUUCUUCGCGAAUCCCUCGCCCGCACUAAAGAGCAGCUGAAUGGCGAAGCAACCCGCACACAUACCCUCCAACGCCAAUUGGACGAGCGCGACAAGGAUCUUGCUUCCGCGCAAGAAGUCAUCCGCGAAACGAGGCACCGGCUUCAAGAAUCAUACUCCGAGAGACAACGCCUCGACAAGGUGGUGAAUGAUCUCCGCGCUUCCGCUCGCAAAGGCUCGAUCCCAUGGUCGCCUGCCGAUACUAGCCCAGACAGCUCUACCCCUCCGUCUCUCACGAGGUCUGAUACCGCUGACACGACCGCCUCGAAUGUGAGUGUGGGUGGUUUGAGGGAAUUCAAGCUUAACCGCGCUGGCUCGGUGAAGCAGCAACAAAAUUUCGCGAAGCGCUCGAGCAGUCUAGCUACUCAAUCCGUGCUUGCUACCGAGAACCACGCACCGGCCGACAACGAAGCACUUCUAUUAGAACUAGUAACCGCGAAAACGUCUGAGGCCGUUGCACGGCAGGAACUGGAAGAGCUAAAGGGGAAGAUGGAGGCAAUGCGUAGGGCAAUGACCGGCGGUGUGGGAAGUCCCGGUGGUAGUGGAGUGAGCCCCGGGCAUAAAGCCACCCCGAGCGAGGUCAGUAGUGGGUUCUUUGGGGCGAGGCUGGCUACGCCGAGCCCAGGUAGCGUGGGGACGCAGUCGGCGCAAGCUGGAAGCUUUUGGGGCUGGGGGAAGAGGAGUGUGAGUACACUGGCUGGCGGAGAAGGCGUGGCGUGAGAAGGAGGGAGAACGGGGAGUAAGGGGGGUAUACCCGGCUGUGAGCAGCCUUUUGUAGCAUUUGAGUGUAGUUGUUGUAAUAUGAAUUGAGAUGUUUCGGAAGUAAAAUCAAGGCUUUUGGGCUGUGUACUAUUAUUAU